GUAUGCGAUAAUGACGAGUUCGAUAGUAGGUGGAGCGACAGUCUAAGACGUCUCAAAGAUUGAUCUACCGACACAGCAUUGGCUAAAGGUGUUCACAUUAUAAGAUGGGCAGCCAACAGCCUGUUGCCUGUCGUCCAGCACCACCAAACAUCGAACACCCACCGGAGGGCUAACGGUUACAAUAGAUAGAAAUUCCCGACCGAUCUUCCACACUACCCACACUCUGCCACUCAUCGUGGGUAAACAUCUUCCCAAUAGGAACUCAGCAACAUGGACCAGUCAUGUCCGGCGCCGACUUGCCGUUUACGGUUGGUAUGACAUAAGGACAAGGUGGGCGCCAUGGGUCUAAUCCCAGCCUGAGCCUGAGAAGGCAAGCCAUGCUUCAGAGUCUGCACCUCGAAACCUUACAGACCUCUCGCGGGAACACCGGCUUAGACCGCAGCGACUACCAAGCCAAUGACAACGUGGUGUCACCGUUGGAGAUACCCGCCUCGCGCGAGAGAGCCUUUGCCAUGCUUCGUGCCACUGGCGCGCCAUCUCGGACUCUGUCCGGACCACGCCACGCACACAUUGGGGUGGAAAUGGGUGAUGAUGGCGAGGAGUACAAAUUGGUUGAGUGUGCGCACGAUCCUGACGAACUUUUCAACUCGCCGUCAGCGCUGCGGAUCUGGAAUGAGUGGAUGCCGACCUGGCAAUCAUCGGUCCGCAGCUGCUAUAACCCUGCCGGGCUUUACACCGCAAUGCACCUUUUCGGUGAGAUGUCCUUCUUCGGUACGCUCGGUCCAGACAAAGUUGAGAUCGAGUUAGACGCCGACUUGUGCGCCAGAACAGGUGAUGCGAUCGGAUUGUGCACACCAACGGUCCGAAAGCGGGACAGUGUCGUGAAGCGCAUAGCCUUGAUCGAGAUCGACCACAACGAUUAUCACAGCGCGACUGGCAAUGAGGAUUAUCGAUCAUUGCUGCUUAGUGACCUGAUACACGAAGCUCUUCAUGCCUUCAGGUCCUUGUACGCAUGCAAUGGCACCAACUGCGCCUCCUCUGAGUGCAAGCAAAAGCAGAGGGAGACCGUAGGAUGUAGUGCGCACGGCAAAGCCUGGCUCGAGAUGGCGGAUGCCAUCAGAGUGGUCUCGCGUGAUCGUAUGAGCUUCAGGCCAGGACUGGACUUCUGUCGAUCGAACGCCCGCGAAUACAGCUUGUCCGGGGUAGUGCCCGAUUCUGCGCAGUUUGGACGAAUCUCCUCUCCGGCUCACGCUGCGGCAGAUCCUGCCUUAUGA